AUGCCGUACAAGCCCCGUAGUGACCGCGGUCAGAAGGGUGGGCAGGGUAGUGGCAGCUCAUCCUCUUGGGAUAAGAUAAAGCAAACCAUCAAGACACGGCCUGGCAAGCGACAACAACAUGAGGUUAAAGUAGCCAAGGCCCCUCUAAGACCACGUCAGCUGAUGGCUUCUGGCACCUUCCCUUCUACUAAGGAUGUAGUAGCUAUUGAUUGUGAGAUGGUUGGUACUGGGCCAGAGGGCAAGGACAGUAUCUUAGCUCGAGCCAGUAUAGUCAACUACUUUGGCAAAGUGCUACUAGAUGCCUUAGUGAGGCCUACUAAGAAGGUCACUGACUACCGUACCCAAGUCACAGGGCUAGAUGAGGCUACUCUAAACAGGCUAGGGCAGUCUGCUGAGGAGGUCAAAGAGAAGGCUGCUAGUAUAUUACUUAACCAGAAGGUGGUGGUAGGCCACGCUAUCCAUCACGACCUCGAUAUCCUUGACCUCACCGGCAAGAUCGACCCAAUAUUGAUUCGUGACACGAGUACCUACCCUGGCCUCCGACCCGAAAACCUCACCACUAAAGUGCCUAGUCUUAAGAAGUUGACGGAGCUUCAUCUUGACCGGAAGAUACAAACUGGGACUCACAGCUCCGUCGAGGAUGCUCGAUGUACGUUAAUGUUGUAUAAGUUGAAGAAGGAUGAGUGGGAAGAAGAGGUUAGGAAGACUUAUCGGAUACGUGUCCAUAAGCCUAAGGAGGCACUCAAUAAGGAAGAGGUGGCUAAAGUGGUACCAUCGAGGGAGGUGAAACCUAAGAAACGGCGGUUGUCCGUGGAUGAUGAUGAUGAAGUAGUGAAGGAAGAGGAGGAGGAGAAGGCAGAUGAUGACGAGGAGGAGGAGGAGGUGGGGUCGGAGGGGAGUAUUAUAGAGGAAAGGGCCGGAGUUGCCGACCUUGGUGAGAGCGCUGAGGAGGUAGCCAAAAUAUGCGGUAAGAACUCUAACGAGGAGGCUGAGAUCCUGGCGGCCUUUGCGGACCUCGCCAACAUGCGGGAGGAAUUUGCUUUCCAGAAACCCAAAGCUAACAAGAAGAAACGUAAGCAGCAAGCUUAGCCCUGUCUACCA